UAGCGCUAGCUUGGUGGCGACCGCUACGGAUCCCAUCUCUGGAUUACUAUAAGCAGAGUUUGAUCAUGCAGGAGGUCAAACUGCUUGUACCCAAGGGAGAAUGUGACGCCCUCGACGCCAUCAUCCAAGAAGCUCAUCAACAACGGCAUCGUUUAGAUAAGACAACCUAUUUUAGCUAUACUGAAUUUAAGUUGGUUCUUGCUGCCUAAAGAUUGCAUAUUUUAUAUGUACUGAAUUUUAGCAUGUACAGUGAUGUUGCUUCCUUUUUGUAAAAAAAUAAAACCAUGAUGUUGCUUGCUAUUUGUUUCUAGUCGGGCAAUGCCUUGUUUGAUUCAUCCUGUGUUGCUUGAUUCCCUGUGAAGUAACCGAACAAGUCAAAUUAAGAUGCAGGGAUCGGUGGGGAUUUGUGGGAAAGGGAUUGGUAGGGGUUGGGUGACAUCAGGGGAUCAUCUGGUUCUCAGUAUUUAGCAAAAUGACAUGAUUAUGCUAUCGUAAAUUGCACUGCUAAUGUAAAGAAAAUGACAAGAGAACAAAGUAGAGAGAAAAUGACAACAAGAUGCUGCUGUUCGGUGGUGUCAUGACUCAUGAGUGGUGUAUGCACAUCUGAAGCUAACCUUAUCUUUUGAUUCCCUUUGUCUCAUUGCCUGUGGUGGUAUGCAACGCAAUGCAUGAUCAAGAUUCCUUUUAUUUUCCUAGCUUAUACUUUUGAAGACUUUGGUGACAUGCUGACAAAAAAGAAGGAAACAGGGCUUGGUGCCAUCUGACCAAAUGAUUGCUGCCAGGUUGUUAUCUCAAAGGCGAUCUGGUAACAUGGGAUGAGAGGUAUCUUUCCAAGGAACUGAUGGCAUUCUAGAGCUCACCGGCUGGGAGUCUUGCUUGGACCUGCCAUUGCUACUCCACUGCAAAAGCAGCAGAACCACUAGAUUCAGGUUAGCCCAGUAUACACUGUCUCCCUAUUGUCAGACAUGCAAGCCUCACGGUCUGCUUUGAAGAAAGAAAAUCCGUUGGGAAUGGAUGCAAUGUCAUCUGAAGAAUAUGCUUCACAGUCUAAGUUACUGCAGGAAUUCACCAAUGUCCCAAGCAUUGAAAGUGCUUGGCUUUUCAAAACCAACAAUGAAGACAGAUCCACAGCGAUGUUUUCCAGUAGUCAACCGGACCUGCUGGCGAACAACAAGAGGAAAUAUAUUUUGCAUUCUCAUAUUGUGACACAUAAAACCAUGCCCCUCGAGUGCCAUUGGUCUCCUUUCCCUAUUGAAAUGACUGGAGUGUCGGUUGUCGUUCCAUCCCCUUCGGGGUCAAAGCUUCUCGUGGUGCGGAACGGGGAGAAAGGUUCGCGUACGAGACUUCAGAUUGUUAAUCAAUCACAUGUGGAGAAAGAGAUACAUGUUGACUGGUCUAUCCAUGGUCCACUUUAUACCGAUGAGUGGUUUCAAGGGAUUUCCUGGAACCAUGAAGAGACCUCCAUAGCGUACAUCGCCGAACAGCCACCUCAACCAAAACCAGCUUUCGAUGAUGCCGGAUACAGAAAAGAAGGCUCUUCUGAGGAAGACUGUAAUAGUUGGAGAGGACAAGGGGAUUGGGAAGAGGACUGGGGUGAAACUUACUCCAGAAAGGGGAGACCCUCGUUGUUUGUUCUUGAUAUUGAUAGUGGAGAAGUACGUGCCGCUAGAGGAGUUACAAAACCAAUGAGUGCUGGUCAAGUUGUUUGGGCUCCGCCGUCUUCAAGUGGCCAUCGAAAGCUUUUGGUGUUCGUGGGAUGGUUAGAACACAACGGAUUUCAGGGCACCGCUAGAAAACUCGGCAUCAAGUACUGUUCUAACAGGCCAUGUUCUCUGUAUGCAAUCCAUUCCCCUUUUGAAGAAGAACCAGAUGCCGAUAAUGCGUCUGUUGGUGGUAGUGAGUCAGUAUCUGCUUCAGUAGCAACGAACUUAACCCCAAGCAUAAGCAGCGCUUUAUUUCCACGGUUCAGCAAGGAUGGAAAACUCCUGGUGUUUCUGUCUUCAAAACGUGCAGUUGAUAGUGGAGCACAUAAUGCCACAGAUUCGCUGCAUCGAAUCGACUGGCCUUCUGAUUGGAAAGCAGAGCAACAACUCAGCGUGACCGAUGUGGUUCCUGUUGUAAUGUGCCCUCAAGAUGGAUGUUUUCCUGGACUAUAUUGCUCAUCCAUGCUGCCUGAUCCUUGGCUUUCUGAUCAUUGUACGAUGGUAUUAACAUCUACUUGGAGAAGUACUGAAGUGAUACUGUCAAUAGAUGUGUUAAGUGGGGAAGUAACCAGAAUAAGUCCAGAAGACUCAGGUUACUCAUGGAGCGCCCUUGCAAUAAAUGGCAACAAUGUCCUCUCUGUGUCGAGCAGUCCCAUCGACCCUCCUCAAAUCAGGUAUGGCCGUCGAGCGUCAACAGAGGAUCAUGGUACACGCGCAUGGGUCUGGGACGAAGUUACGAGCCCGUUGACAGCAGCCAGUAACAAGAUAAAGGCUUUGUUAUCUCAUCACAAGUUGAGCAUACUCAGAGUCCCGGUCCCUAACCCCUCUGAUGAACUCUCUGACGGUGGUCGGCUUCCAUUUGAGGCCAUCUUUGUGUCCUGCGAGGAUAGUUCACAGAAACCAACUGUUUUAAUCCUUCAUGGUGGCCCACACUCAACAUCUGUAUCAAGCUAUUCGAAAUCGUCGGCGUUUCUUGCGUCACUUGGGUUUAACCUGCUUAUUGCAAAUUAUAGAGGUACCCUGGGUUACGGAGAGGAGGCUUUGCAAUCACUCCCUGGGAAGGUUGGAUCUCAGGAUGUCCAAGAUUGUCUUGCAGCACUAGACCACGUGAUCAAGGAAGGGCUGGUGGAUGCAUCCAAAGUAGCAGUUGUCGGGAUCUCGCACGGCGGCUUCUUGACAACCCAUUUAAUCGGCCAGGCUCCUGAGAGAUUUGCUGUGGCGGCGGCUCGAAACCCGGUCUGUAACCUGUCACUGAUGAUUGGCACCACAGACAUCCCAGAUUGGUGCUACGCCGUGGCCUGCGGGACUCAAGCGAGGCCUCUCGCCUCUGAAUCACCUUCACCUGACCACCUUCAAAUCUUCCACCAGAAAUCACCGAUUGCCCAUAUUUCAAAAGUGAAAGCGCCUUUGCUUAUGCUUCUUGGAGAAGCAGAUCUCCGGGUACCUGCUUCCAAUGGCCUACAGUAUGCAAGGGCUCUGAGAGAAAGAGGAGGCGAGGUCAAAACCAUCAUGUUCCCAGAGGAUACGCACGAAAUCGAUAUACCGCGGUCGGACUUCGAGAGCUUCCUCAACAUGGGAGUCUGGUUCAAGAAAUAUCUGAAACAGAUCUGAGCCAGAGAUUUCGAGGGCUUCCUCAACAUAGCCAGAUAACUUGAAAGGUUUUUUGAAGAAAUGUUUUUUUUCUUUGUGAGGCGAUCAAAGCAUUUGAGAAUCGACAAUAGUAACAAAUAUUUCUCCUAAAUAAUGAGCCUAAAGAGAGUGAUAAUCUGGACUUGUUUCCAAGUACAGUAUGCAUUAAUAGUAACACAUCGCUGACCAGCAAGUCAGUGACUAUCACACUUCUCAACAA